AUGCCAGGCGCCAUCACCACCGACGUGCUCACGCCCGAGCAACUCCAAUUCUUCAACGAGAAUGGCUUCCUGGUCAUUCCCAACUACCUAUCCGCAGAAGAGAUUCAGUCGCUUCUCUCAACCACGCACGAGCUUUUGGACAACUUCUCGCUCGACACUCACCCCAUGACUCGCUUCACCACCGGUGACGACGGGGAUGACAGCGUCAAGCAUGUCGGGGACGAUUACUUCCUCUCCUCUGGCGACAAAAUCCACUUCUUCUUCGAGCCCGAUGCAGUAGCUCCCCCCGCCGAGGGCGAGAAAGUGCCCAAAUUGCUCAAGCCCAAGAACCUUGCAAUCAACAAGAUUGGACACGCCCUUCAUAGCAAAUCCGCUCCCUUUGAGAAAGUAACCAUCUCUAAACGAAACGCGGCUAUUGCGCAGUCCCUUGGUUUUCAGGAUCCGCGAUGUUUGCAGAGUAUGGUGAUUUGCAAACAGCCGAGUAUUGGCGGUCCGGUGCCGGCGCAUCGUGAUUCGGAAUUCUUGUAUACCUCGCCCCCGUCCGCGGUCGGGUAUUGGGUAGCUUUGCAGGAUGCGACGCCGGGAAAUGCGUCGUUGGGGAUGUGGAAGGGUUCUCAUACGGGUAAGAAAGGUGGUCAUAUUCGUCGACGAUUUGUUCGUGCCGAGGAAGGUGGUACGACAUUUGUGGCGAAUGAUGGUCCUAGUCUGCCCUUGGGCAAGGACGAGGAAGCAGAGCAGACUGUAAAUGAACAGUCAGAGGGUGAGGAUUUUGAGGUCUUGAAUGUCAAGGCUGGUGAUUUGGUUCUUAUUCACGGCAACGUGCUGCACAAAAGUGAGAAGAACACGAGUGACAAGAGCCGCUAUGCGUAUACCUUCCAUGUCAUUGAGGGGGCAGAGGGAUGGACAUAUGAUGAGCGGAAUUGGCUGCAGCCGCCAAAGGAGGGAUUUUCGCGCUUGACUGAUGCUUACUCUCGGGCAUAG